AUGGAACGCCAACGGUACUUUGCCGAUGCCUACCGCACCCGAGAGUAUUUUGGCGUUACUGUUAGCGCACUGAAUAAUUUCGAAGAUGGUCCACCACAAUAUGAUGUUAAAUUACCGACCCCGUCCUUACAAAUAGUUCCGCGAUUGAGACGAGAAAUGAUAAAGUCUACGCCGAUUGAUGCUCCGGAUAGGAAAUCUCUUGAAUUAGCCAAGGAGGCUAUGGAUGAUGUUAAUUCUUAUGUGAACGAGAUGAAGAGGGACAACGAAACGAGACAGCUAAUCAGUGAAGUACAGAAUAGCAUCACCGAACUAACCAUGCCUGAGGACGUCACACUCAUGGAUUACGGUAGGCUAAACGCCGACGGCGAGGUUCGCUUGUCUGAAUCAACUAGCCAGCAAUUUGGAAAAAUGAAAACUCGUCAUGUCUUCAUAUUCGACAAAGUUCUCAUCAUCUGCAAGGCUAACAGAAACAAUACAUACACAUACAAAGCUGCUUAUAUUGUUUCUGAACUACAUCCUAGCCUUGAUAAUCCGAUGCCGGACGGGAAGAUGGGGACGAUAUCUAGAAAAAUCGCAUCCGCCAACCAGCACCUUCUUUACUUAAUUCGAGAAGAACGUGCGUGUACGCAAGAGUCCGUAAGGCACUUGACGCUAGCAUUCAAGGUCUUGCAACAACGCGAGAAGUGGCUGCACCAUUUCGAACUUGCACGAAAUAAUGUCAUACCUGAAGAAGUUGGAGGUACCGGUCAUAAGGUGCACUACAAAAGCUUCAAAGUGGAUAUUCCUCAUAAGUGCUCCGUUUGUGACAAGUUUCUCAAAGGGUUAUUCUUCCAAGGAUACAAGUGCGAAAAUUGUGGUGGUCUUCUACACAAGGCUUGCAUUGCCUUGCGUCCAUGUGCUGGGCGACGUCACACAACUUCCGUCUCCCACAGUAGUUCUUUCACAAACGGAACCCAGUUCAGGCAUAGCUCCUUUGGGUUAUCAAGCGGAGACCAAGUUAUUGCUUUGACGCGAUCGUCUAGUGCUGAUCAUGGAUUCUUGAUGUUUGACAAAGAUGAUAUCAUAGAAAUCAUCCAUAAUCACGGGAACGGCACUUUUACGGGCUGUCUAGUAAACGACAGGCAAUGCGUUGGCCUCGUUCGUAGUGAGCACGUUCGUCGAGUAAGGACUAACUCCGUGCAGGGUAUGUGCUCCCCACUGGACAGUCCCGUAGGUGUGCGAGUUGACCGGAAAGAAUCUACAGUUCUUCCCAAGAGAAUGGGCAAUGGAAUGACUCCAGCUCCACAGCAAGACUACGUAAACACAGAAGUCAGUUUGCAACCAUGGUAUAUGGGCGAUUUGGAAAGAGCUGAUUCGGAAGCGAAGCUUAGAGGAACUCCAAAUGGAACGUUUCUUGUGCGAUAUAGUAAGAAUCGUCAUAGCUACGUCAUAAGCAUCAGCUAUGAGGGCGAAGUUAAACACACGGUUGUAGAGCAGAGGGAUUCGAUA